CGAGUGACAGCUGGCCAAUGGGCGGCCGCGGCUCUCCCGUGCGCCGCGCGGGGGGUGGGGAUCGCCCCGCCGCCGCCUGAGGAAUGUCAACUAUUCAACAUGGAGACGGCGCUCGCCAAGCUCGAGGCCAUGUUCCAGAAGGCAGAGGCUGAUCUGGAUUGGAUUCAACACAGGCUGGAGUAUGAAAUUAGGAGAAAUCUUCCUGAUGAUGCACUACCAGAGGAGGACCCACUUGCCGUCCUGGAGGGGCUCUCAGCGGCAAAAGCUCGUUACAAAGCGCUGUGUGCACGGAUGAACAGAAUAUCCAGGGAGCAGAAAGAAGCCACGGAGGGCCUCCAAGCUUCUGUGGAGAACACACUGAGGAUAGUUCUGGAUUUACAGCAAAAAGCUUGUCUUGAGUCACGUUGUGCAGGACCUACAGACUCUGACUCAGAUAAAGAGUAGUACUGAGUAUUUCACAGGUGGAUGAGAUGAGCACGAAACCCACUCACUCAAGAAUACAAGUCCUGGAAGAACUUGGUGCUGUGAAAAGCGACGAAAAAGGGACUAUUAAAUUAGCUGUGUAAGCGAAAGCUCGGCCCGUUCUCCUCUGAGACACAAAGCACCUUGGUCACAGCUCCUGGAUUGUGAAGGAACAAGUAUUUCCCUGGGAUCUAAGAGCUGCUAAAAGCCCACUGUUGGAAAGUUUUCAUGUUUCUGUGCACAAGUUCUGUCUCUAGUACUUAAAACUGGAGAGUUGAAAACCCCCGAGGUUGGCAUUUUGCCUUAGAUAUUUCUAGGCCUAUGGUCGAUGCAUUUUUUAAGAGGGUUAAUGAGCCACGUGACGUUUUCUUGCUCUCGUUCUUCGGUGGGGUUUUUAACAAGCCAAGCCUCUUAAGUGUACUUACAUUCCUGAAUAAACGAGGAAAGCUAA